AUGGGACGUCGUCCAGCACGCUGUUACCGUUACUGCAAGAACAAGCCUUACCCCAAGUCCCGGUACAACCGUGGUGUGCCAGACCCAAAGAUCCGUAUCUACGAUCUAGGUCGUAAGAAGGCAUCGGUGGACGAAUUCCCAUUCUGUGUGCACUUGGUCUGUGACGAGCACCAACAGAUCACCUCCGAGGCUCUUGAGGCCUCGCGUAUCUGUGCUAACAAGUACAUGACCAAGACCACCGGUAAGGAUGCGUUCCACCUGCGUGUCCGUGUUCACCCUUACCACGUCAUCCGUAUUAACAAGAUGCUUUCCUGCGCUGGUGCUGACCGUCUGCAAACGGGUAUGCGUGGCGCUUUCGGUAAGCCGUACGGUCUCGUGGCUCGUGUGGACAUCGGUCAGGUUCUCCUGUCGAUCCGCACGCGUGAUAACUUCCGCCCCAACGCCAUUGAGUCUCUGCGUCGCUCGCGGUACAAGUUCGCUGGUCGCCAGAAGAUCAUUGUGUCGAAGAAGUGGGGCUUCACGGACAUGAGCCGUCAAGAAUACAUUGAGGCUCGCGACAGCCACCGUGUGAUCAAGGACGGUUGCCACCUUAAGUACAUUUCUAACCACGGUCGCGUGGAAGACAACAUUCGUCUCCAGGCUCAGGUGGCUGCAUCGAAGUAA